AUGUGGACGUACAACCCAAAGACAGACAUAGAGUUUAAGAAAGGUCAGUUGUUCACUAAUGUUGAUGCAUUUAGAACAGUUUUAAAGGACUACGCAAUUCAGAAAGUAUUUCGCAUUGUCAGGGUGAAGAAUGAAAAUAGUAGAGUGACUACUAUUUAUGGUGUUGAAGGAUGUAAAUGGAGAAUUCUUGCAUCAUCAGUAGCAGAUUCCAUCACCUUUAUGAUUAAGUCUUACCAAGAGAAACACACGUGUGUGAUGGAUAGGAAGAACAUAGAAGUUACAGCUGACUGGAUUGCAAAAAAACAAGUACCAGUAUUAAUAAUUCACCCUAACAUGUCCACCAAAAGAGUAGAAGCAGAGAUGAUAAAAUAUGAUAAUGUCCCUUUAACCUUCAUGAGUGACAGGCAAAAGGGCUUGAAUCUUGCUUAUGAGGAGAUAGUGUCUGUUGCUAGUGAAAGGCAUUACUGUAGUAAUAUCUGCAGCAAUUUUAAAGCUCAGUUUCCUGGUAUUUUACUCAGUAACCUGUUCUGGAGAGCAGCUAAAAACUAUGAUAGUGCAGGGCAUAAUGAAGCCAUAGCCACUAUAAAUGAGCUAAACAAGGAAGUUUGGAGAUAUUUGGAGAAAAUUCCCAAGACAAGUUGGUGUAGAUAUACCUUUGCUAUUGGAAUUAAGUGUGAUCACGUCACAAAUAACUGCACUGAGUCCUUUAAUGCAUGGGUAGGUGAACUAAGAGGGAAACCUAUCUUGACACUUGUUGAGGGACUGAGGAAGAAGUUUAUGAAGAAAAUGCACAAGAGAUAUCAGAAGGGGUGCACACUAACCACUUCUGUCACCCCAAAGAUGGUGGAUAAAUUGCCAAAAAUAGGACAAACACCAAGACAAUGUCAACUGACAAUGACAAGUGAAGACAUAUUUGAAGUAAGGGAUAUGAACAGGUCAAACAUGGUCAAUUUACUUGCUAAAAACUGUGAUUGUAGAGCUUUUCAAAUUUUAGGUCUUCCUCGUAAACAUGCUGCAUUAGGAAUUAUUUACAAGAGACAGAAACUGGAGUCCUACUAUAACCAUUGGUUCUCAAGAGAUAUGUACUUAAAGACAUGUGCAAGUAUGAUUCAUCCAAUUCCUGAUGAGAAGAUGUGGCCACCUAUGCCAAAUGUUAACCCUUCAACAGUAUUGUCUCCUCUUUUGAGGAGAGCUCCAGGUAGACUAAAGGUGCACAGGAGAAGGGAACAUGAUGAAGGACAUUUUGCACCUCAACCAAAAAGGCUGAGCAGAUUCAAGUGUGAAAAUUGUGGCUCCUUUGAUCACAACAAGAGGUCAUGCCAAAGAGCUCUUGUGCAAAAGAAGAAAGGCAGCAAAACUCCUAGCCAACAGGAUUAUGUACAAGGUAAUGUGCCUGGUGUGAAUUCAAGCCAAGAAAGCAAUCCUUCUCCUACAAGUCAACCUGGAACUGAAAAUGUAGAGCUUCCUGUUCCGACCAAAGCAAUUGCUUCAAAGCAAAGAGGAAGGCCAUUGUACAAUACUGGAGCAACUACUAAAGGAAGUAGCAAGAGAACUUGCUCAAAUGCAACUACUCGGGUCACUCAAACUCUUGAACCUCCUCCAAUUCAGCAAAUUGCUGCAUCUCAAGCUGCCACAGCUACAUCUUUCUCAAUUAGUGCAGCUACAACACUGCAGUCAGGAAAUGUCAACAGUAGCAAUAGUGUUAACUACAUCUUUCUCAAUUAG